CCCUACCAUACAUCUCUGUUUCCCACUCAAACUAGAAAAAGGAAAUAGAAAAAAGAAAAUCAGAAAAAACAAAGAAUUUUGAAGCAAAAUAAAGCCAAAUGAAUUAAAUCCAAAAGACGCAGCUUCGAUCUUAUCCAUUUCUCAAAAUCCAUCAUCAAAAUUAGGGUUUCUGUAAAGUAAAAAAAUAAAUUGAAAUCAAAAUCGUUUCGAAAUCUUAGGGAAUGCGGCCGAAUUGUUGUCAUGUUUCGUUUGCUUUUGUUCUGAAGUUCUUGAAUUUUCUCCAAGCUUUCCUUGGAGUGUCGAUUUUACUCUACUCGUUUUGGAUGUUGGAUCAAUGGAAUCAUCACGUCCCCAUUUCUCCUCCGCCGUCAGUUCCGUGGCCGGAUUCUUCUCUCUCGGUUCUCUUCAAUUCGAGACCGGAGGUUGGGGGAGCUCGAGGAGCCAAGGUUUUCGAUGAUUUAGCUGCCGGUUUGGUCUCCGGGUUGGAUAAUGGAGUCGGGUUUGAAUUGAGUUCGGUUAAGCUACCUGCUCCAUGGUUCAUCUAUUCUUUUUUGGGUGUGGGCAUUGUGCUGUGCUGCAUUAGUCUCAUUGGUUGCAUUGCAGCUGAAUCUAUUAAUGGCUGUUGCCUUUGUUUUUAUACACUCAUCAAAAUUGUUCUCAUUUUAAUAGAAGCUUCUUUGGUGGCAUUUAUUGCAAUUGAUCGUCAUUGGGAGAAGGACAUUCCGUUUGACCCAACUGGAGAACUUGACAGUCUUCGCUCCUUCAUAGAAGACAAUAUCGAUAUAUGUAAAUGGGUUGGCCUCAGUGUGGUCAUAAUACAGGUAUUAGCUUUGCUAGUGGCAGUAAUUUUGCGGGCAAUGGUUUCUGUUAGAAGAAGGGGCAUUGAUGAUGAAGAUGAUUAUGAAAGAGGUAGAACUAGGGAGCCACUCCUAAACCCUCAGUCUAACCACACAUCUACUUCAGCCAAGGGUGACGGCAGGGUUUCUCACUCUGAUUUCUGGGGCUCUCGAAUAAGAGAAAAGUAUGGUAUGAACAGUGGUGAUAGAUACAACAGCGCUGAUAAAUAUGAUUUACUAAACCAGAACGCAUCUAGCACGAAUUCCAAGUAGAGCAUGAUCAAGACAACCGUUCCCAUCUCUCAGGUGACGAUAUCUUCUGUAUGUUCGACCCAUUUUAUUAUUUUCUUUUUCGCGUCAGAUUUGUGUUCUAAAAUAGUAUAUAGAUUUUGACAUGUUUAUGUCUGUGUUGUGUUCAUGACUGUUUUUUUGGCUUAUGUGUAAUCAUAUUGUGUAGAAAAUUGUCGGGUCUCAAACUGAUCAAAUAGGAUAGCAUCACAGUCGUUUGAUGUGUAUAGCAUAUAGGUCUUUAAGCCCAGUUUUAGCUGCAUUGCUUUGUAAUUGAAUGUGAGAGUGAAUGUACUAUUUUCUGAACCUAUAAAUAUAUAAUGCAGUUGAUUUA